UCGGAGUUUGUCAGACGGAGGGACUUGUGAGGAUUGGCGAGUACAUACAAACAACGUAGUCAACGUAGCAGUUGCAGUAAUGGAAGUGAUGUAUGCGUGUCGCUGCUGCCUGCGGCGUGCUCCGAGCAAGGACCUGACGACGCCGUACACACAUCUCGGUAUAACGGAGAUAUAUGCCGACAUGAUAAAAGGGUGCUUUGACAUAAAUCUGGUGGUGGGCGGCUCGGGCUCGUGCGGCAUCUGCACUAUGUGUGUGUGCCGCCUGCGAGACGCGAGCAACUUUAAGCUGCAAGUGCAGCGCAGCCAGGCGGAGCUGCAGGCGCUCACGCAGGAAGAGAACAUCAAAGAGGAAGAAUCUGCAGUUGAGCCAGAGAAUCCUGAAAUACAGGAGGAAGAUGGGACCAGUGAGCCUGUGUCAGAGGAAGAAUCUGCAGUUGAGCCAGAGAAUCCUGAAAUACAGGAGGAAGAUGGGACCAGUGAGCCUGUAUCAGAUGACAUGCUCCGGUUAAACAUGGCGGCCGGAGACGGGGCGAGCGACGAGGGGGACCCGCUGUUGGAUGAAGAGCUCCUAGUCAAGCCAGAAUCAGCGAGUGAAGAUGUUACUAGUGAUGAGAUGUCGCUGGAGGAGCGGGCAGUCAAGUCGGAGCUGUCGGACGAGGCGAGUGACGAGGACUGCGUGUCGGUGUGUUCGGACGGCAUCUCCGCCCGCGCCAGGGAACAGCUCGCGAUGGCUUGUUCCGUGGUGCUCGAGCGCCUCCACGACGAUGCGACUGUUCACAGUGGAGCUGAACCAUACGCCUGCGAACACUGUGGCAAGCGUUUCAGAAACAAGUACAUUUUACGAAAACACAUUCAACACACGCAUUCAUUGAUCGGACAAAAACCAUUUGCUUGUGAUUUUUGUAGUUCUACGUUUCAAACCGAAUUGCUUAUGAUAGAACACGAGGAAAGCGAACAUGGUGUUUCAAAUUUCAUGUGUGCUGAAUGUGAGUAUACAACAAGUUCCAAGAAAAGUUUGGAGACUCAUUUAAAGAGUCACUCUUCGGAGAAUAAUUUUAAUUGUAGUCACUGUAGUUACACAAGUUCGUGUAAGAGUGAUUUACAUAAACACCAAACAAUACACAUUGCUGGAAAUCCUAUUAAGUGUAGCGACUGUGAUUUCAAAUGCAGUUACAAGUCACGCUUACAACAACACCUGAUUAUACAUACUGGGGCGAAGCCAUUUCAGUGUAGCCACUGUGAUUACAAAUGCAGGCUGAAGUCAGACUUACAAAUACACCAAAGGAUUCACACUGGAGAAAAGCCUUACAAAUGUAGUCAUUGCGACUACAAGUGCAGGCAUAGUUCAUCCUUACGAAGUCAUGAAAGGUCACAUACUAGGGCGAAUUCAUUUCAGUGUAGCCACUGUGAUUACAAAUGCAGUCGGAAGUCAAACUUACAACGACACCUGAUGAUACAUAAUGGAGUGAAGCCAUUUCAGUGUAGCCACUGUGAUUACAAAUGUAGUCUGAAGUCAGACUUACAACGACACCUGAUGAAACAUACUGGGGCGAAGCCAUUUCAGUGUAGCCACUGUGAUUACAAAUGCAGUCUGAAGUCACGCUUACAAAUACACCAAAGGAUUCACACUGGAGAAAAGCCUUACAAAUGUAGUCAUUGCGACUUCAAAUGCAGGAAUAGUUCAUCCUUACAAAGACAUGAAAGGACACAUACUGGCGAGAAGCCUUUUCAGUGUAGCCACUGUGAUUACAAAUGCAGAUACAAGUCACGCUUACAACAACACCUGAUUAUACAUACUGGGGCGAAGCCAUUUCAGUGCAGCCACUGUGAUUACAAAUGUAGUCUGAAGUCACACUUACAACAACACCUAAUGAUACAUACUGGGGAGAAGCCAUUUCAGUGUAGCCACUGUGAUUACAAAUGUAGUCUGAAGUCACGCUUACAACAACACCUAAUGAUACAUACUGGGGCGAAGCCAUUUCAGUGUAGCCACUGUGAUUACAAAUGUAGUCUGAAGUCACACUUACAACAACACCUAAUGAUACAUACUGGGGAGAAGCCAUUUCAGUGUAGCCACUGUGAUUACAAAUGCAAUCGGAACUUACUCUUACAACAACACCUAAUGAUACAUACUGGGGUGAAGCCAUUUCAGUGUAGCCACUGUGAUUACAAAUGUAGUCUGAAGUCACGCUUACAACAACACCUAAUGAUACAUACUGGGGCGAAGCCAUUUCAGUGUAGCCACUGUGAUUACAAAUGCAGGCUGAAGUCAGACUUACAAAUACACCAAAGGAUUCACACUGGAGAAAAGCCUUACAAAUGUAGUCAUUGCGACUACAAGUGCAGUCAUAGUUCAUCCUUACGAAGUCAUGAAAGGUCACAUACUAGGGCGAAUUCAUUUCAGUGCAGCCACUGUGAUUACAAAUGCAGUCUGAAGUCAAACUUACAACGACACCUGAUGAUACAUAAUGGGGUGAAGCCAUUUCAGUGUAGCCACUGUAAUUACAAAUGCAGUCAGAAGUCAGACUUACAACGACACCUGAUGACGCAUACUGGGGCGAAGCCAUUUCAGUGUAGCCACUGUGAUUACAAAAGCAUUCAUAAGUCACGCUUAAAACAACACCUGAUGAAACAUACUGGGUGAAGCCAUUUCAGUGUAGCCACUGUGAUUACAAAUGCAGUCUGAAGUCACGCUUACAAAUACACCAAAGGAUUCACACUGGAGAAAAGCCUUACAAAUGUAGUUAUCGCGACUACAAAUGCAGGAGUAGUUCAUCCUUACAAAGACAUGAAAGGACACAUACUGGCGAGAAGCCUUUUCAAUGUAUCUACUGUGAUUACAAAUGCAGUCAGAAGUCAGACUUACAACGACACCUGAUGACGCAUACUGGGGCGAAGCCAUUUCAGUGUAGCCACUGUGAUUACAAAAGCAUUCAUAAGUCACGCUUAAA